AUGGCUAUCUUCAACACUCUUCGCGUAGAGCCCUGGGCAAAACACAACCACCAGCCUCUUGGGGGAACUCGAAAGAAAUCAUAUCAUUACUUUGGUCGCACAACAAAGAGCACGAGGACUUGGACAAUGGCUCUUGCGGUAGCCACCGUGAUUUUCUUCUUUUGGCGUUUCCCGUUGCUCUCACCAAACUUCAAACGCAUGCCCGAUGAAAGGUUGUGCGACCAUCCCAUCUCUGUACUUGCGUCCGUUGCCUCGAAGACAUUCAAUAAAACCUUGACAGGCCAGUCCAACUCAUUGGAACAGGCAGUCACCGAAUACCGUCGACGAUAUAACAUGCCGCCGCCUCCCCACUUCGAUAAGUGGUACGAGUUUGCGAAGCAGCGGAAUACGAUGUUGAUUGACGAGUACGACACGAUAUAUCACUCUUUGCUCCCUUUCUGGGGACUUUCCCCGCGUAUAAUCCGGUCGCGUGUGAGAGAGGAUCUAGGCUUCGACAACAUGGUGAUGGGUAUCUCUAUCCGAAAUGGUGAGCCUAUUCACCUAGGCAAUGGCCAGGGAGAUUUCCAACGGAACGCGACGAUGAAGCAGUUUAGCAAAUUUGCUCAAUGGCUGCCUGACAUGGAUCUCGAAUUCAAUGUUCACGAUGAGCCGCGGGUUGUUGUUCCUCAUGAGGAGUUACACAGACUGGUAACAAAAGGAUAUAAAGCUCAGGCAUGCAUAAACAGCAAUUCAUUGUUAAAUCAUUUUUCUGGCAAUAAUAUCUCUACGGAACCUAUCCCAGAAAUCUCCACAAGUCGGUUUCUCAAUCUCGCCCGGCAAGAAACCUGGCUUUAUUCUCGAUUAUCGUGCCCACCACACAGUCCGGCUAUGGACCUCGAUGGCAAUGCCCCAGAUAACACCAGUGCUUUUGCCCUCGAGCCUUUAGGAUUCAUCUUCAAUCAAUCCGCGGCUAGUGAUAUUUGCAAUAGUCCCUCGCUACAGCAUAGGCUUGGGAUUUUUGAGCGGCCCAAUGCCCUCAAGCUCACGAACAUGCUAGUCCCGAUGUUCUCGAUGUCACACCCAUCUUCGUUCCAGGAUAUUCCCGUCCCUUCCCCCUGGUAUUACGAGGGAGUUGGAGGCUAUAAACCAGAAGCCGACAUACCAUGGGAAUCAAGGAAAGGACAAAUCUACUGGCGAGGAACGACCAGCGGCGGAUCCAGUCACAAUGGAUCUUGGCACAAUCUACAGCGACAACGAGUGGUUGCAUCGCUAGAACGAAACUCGGAACAUGAUAUCUUGGAGCUCAAGGCAGAGUCCACUUGCAGCAUCGGUGGCGAGGAGGGGUGGAAAGUUCGCAAGGCAAAUCAAACAGAGCUCAGCGAAUACUUCAACGCCCAUUUUGUUGAUAUCACCGGGUGUGAGGGACAAGACUGUUACGACGAGAGGAGGUUCUUUGAUGUCCUGGAUCGAGAAGACGAGAACGAGGCGUGGAAAUACCGCUACUUGCUAGAUAUGGAUGGGCACACUUACAGCGGGCGAUUCUAUGCCUUCAUGCGUAGCAAGAGCGUACCGCUCAAGCUGACCUUUUUCCGCGAAUGGCACGAUGAUGUCCUUGUUCCAUGGGUUCACUACGUGCCGCUGAACAAGGAUACCACCGAAAUUGCCGAGAUUGUGCGCUUCUUCGAGCAGGGUCAUGCUGGACAGGAGAUUGCUAGAACCAUUGGCGAGGAAGGGCAGUCGUGGGCUGCUAAGACACUUCGUAACGAUGAUAUGGAUGUUUAUAUGUUCCGGCUUAUGUUAGAAUAUGCCCGUGUACAAGACGACCGAUGA